CCCCGCCCUUCACGGAAAAAUAAUGACAAAACUCGCAAUCGAAAAGACUGGCAGUGAAAGCAAAGAUACGAGUGGCGCAACCAAAAGGACGAUUAAUCGAUCACAGAUAGGGCAAAACAGAUGAGCGUGACCGAUGGCCGAAUGAAGGGUUGGAUCUUGACUACUAGUGAAGGCUGAAACGGUGGAGAGUUGACGCGCACACAGAACAAGGAGCUAGUAAUACAAAUUUUUGUUUGACGGGAUGGCAGAGGGCUUUUUGAUGGAGGUGUGUGUGGACAGUGUGGAGUCUGCCAUCAACGCCGAGAGGGGAGGUGCUGGUCGGCUGGAGCUGUGUUCUAGUCUGCUCGAAGGAGGAAUCACGCCCAGUAUAGGUCUGCUGCAGGUGGUGAAGCAGUAUGUGCGUAUCCCGGUCUAUACCAUGAUCCGUCCACGCGGGGGGGAUUUCCUGUACACGGACCGCGAGGUUGAGGUGAUGAGAAAGGACAUUGAGCUGGUGAGGAGUCAUGGGGCAGAUGGACUGGUGCUGGGAGCUCUGACUGAGGAUGGGAGAGUCAACGCUGAACUCUGUAUGGAAUUGCUAGCUGUUUCUCGUCCUCUACCUGUUACUUUUCACAGAGCCUUUGACAUGGUGCACGACCCCAUGGUUACCUUGGAGACGCUGGUGUCUUUGGGGUUUGAGCGUGUUCUGACCAGCGGAUGUGACUGUUCAGCUCUGGAGGGACUGCCUCUCAUCAAACGCCUGGUGGAACAGGCUAAAGGGAGAAUAACCAUUAUGCCUGGAGGGGGUAUUACAGAGCGGAAUCUCCAGAGGAUUCUAGAAAGUUCUGGGGUUCUGGAGUUCCAUUGUUCUGCUCGCUCCAGUAAGGACUCUGCCAUGAAGUUCAGAAACUCCUGUGUGAACAUGGGCGCCUCGCUGACAGCUCCCGAGUACGGCCUGAAGGUGGCAGACGUGAGCAAAGUCCGCUCUCUGAACGCUAUAGCCAAGAACACCCUGUAGUGACGACAAGCACAUACACAGCUGAACUCCCUGUAUGGCUGCUGGACAGCUGUCCUCAGACCCUUUGGGUAGCAGAUCCUCCUGCUCCUAUUGAGCCUGACCCCAAAAUAGUGUACUAUAUAGGGAAUAGUUCAGAGGCUCUCCUACCCUGUUCCUGGAGAGCUACCAUCCUGUAGGUCUUCCCUCCAACCCUAAUCUAGCUCACCUGAUUCUAAUAAUGAGCUGGUUUAUAAGCUGAAUCAGGUAAAUUAACACUGGGGUUCGAUUGAAAAACUACAGGAGGGUAGCUGUCCAGGAACAGGGUUGGAGUACCCUGGAAUAGGGUGUAAAUUGGAAGCUAAUCAAUGGGUUUUUGUAGUAAUUUCUAAUAGUGAGGUCAUGUUUACACAAUGACUAAAUAAGAAGGUAUAUGGGCUAUCAUCAAAUCCCUUAGGCAUUGUAAGAUGUGUGAGGUUUCAUACAGCUAUGUAUUCACAAUAGUUGAUUAUGCAUUGAAUUACGCAAUCGCAGAAUCAUGUUUCCUGGAGGUUCAGCUUGAUGUCAUUACUUGAUUGUUAUGUGGAGAGUUCCCCUCCAUACAAUGAAAAGUGCUUUGAAUAUUGGGAAAAGCACAAUAUAAAUCCAAUUAUUAUUACAGAGUUAUUGAUAGGAAAGAGAGAUCUGCACACUGUUAAUGUGGAAAAAGACAUGUUUUUUUAUUAUAAAUUCAUGUUUAAAAUGUUCUUAGGGAGCGGUCGAAAUUGUCACCUGGAGGAAAAUGGGGGAGGGUCAUGCUUUUUAUAUUUAAAUCGGGAGUGUUAAGUAUUUUUUUUAAAUUUAGUCCAGGGGAGGGUCAUGUCAUUUGUAAUCGAUUAAAUGUCAUAUUGCUCAAUGUUUGGGAAUUAGUUGCUAAUUAUAUCUCAACGUGUGCCCGACGCUGCCCCUCAUUCCUGAUUCCAGUGUUGUAGUACUGGAGUCCGGUCUAGAGACCACUUUUUGAGCGUCUGGGUCUUGUCUCGAUAUCGGAUACAUUUGUAAUUUCUA